AUGGCCAACAAGUCGAAAUUUAUUGACUACAUUGAUGAAGCUCUGGAAAAAUCAAAAGAAACUGCACUUUCUCGCUUGUUUUUCACCCACCAGGGGAUUCCGUACCCCAUCACCAUGUGCACUUCAGAAACUUUCCAGGCCUUGGACACCUUUGAAGCCAGAAGCAAUGACAUAGUGCUUGCAUCUUAUCCAAAGUGUGGUUCAAAUUGGAUUCUACAUAUAAUUAGUGAGUUAAUAUUUGCUGAAUCUAACAAAAAGUAUGAAUAUCCAGAAUUUCCAAUUCUUGAAUGUGGGGACCCAGAAAAAUAUCAGAGAAUGAAACAAUUUCCACCCCCAAGGAUUCUGGCAACUCAUCUCCAUUAUGACAAAUUACCUGGGUCCAUCUUCAAGAAUAAAGCCAAGAUUUUGGUGAUAUUUCGAAACCCUAAAGAUACGGCAGUAUCUUUUUUCCAUUUCCACAACGAUGUCCCUGAUAUUCCAAGCUAUGGCUCCUGGGAUGAAUUCUUCAGACAGUUCAUGAAAGGCCAAGUUUCCUGGGGAAGCUAUUUUGAUUUUGCCAUUAACUGGAACAAACAUCUUGAUGAUGAAAAUGUUAAGUUCAUAUUAUAUGAAGACCUGAAAAAGAACCUGACCGCUGGAAUAAAACACAUUGCUGAGUUCUUUGGAUUCUCUUUAACUGGGGAGCAGAUCCAAACCAUCUCAGCCCAGAGUACCUUCCAAGCAAUGCGAGCAAAGUCCCAGGAAACACACGGUGCCAUUGGGCCCUUCCUGUUCCGCAAAGGUGAAGUUGGUGAUUGGAAAAAUUUGUUCAGUGAAACUCAGAACCAGGAAAUGGAUGAAAAAUUCAAACAGUGCUUGGCAGGCACUUCCCUAGGAGCAAAGUUGAAGUAUGACUCCUACUGCCACCCUUGA